UGAACCGUGGGAACGAAGUUGAGCAAAGUGUAACUGCACGAUUCGACGCUCGGCUCGGGUACGUUUUGACUUGUAAUUCUCGUGAUAGUUUUCGUAGAUAUGACACAUUUGUGGGAUUGUUGAAUAGUUAAUGAUCGUUUAUCGUAUUGACGAUUGCAACGGUUGAUAUAAGCUCCAAUAGAAUGGAGGAGGAAAUAGUGGUGGAUGAUCACAUCGAGAAUGCCAAUGGUGGAACCCACUUAUCAGGGGAGAAAGCCGCAGCCGUUAUGCCUCUUCUGUAUAUUCAGCAAGGCAAGCUUCAUGCAGGACAACCAGUGUCCGGAAACCAGACGAUAACUGCAUCUUCUCAGUCCCAACUAGCUUCGAUUAUUAGUCCGAUUGCCACCAGCCAAAAUAAAGUAUUUAUAAAAAGUAAUUCCCAAGUAAGUACUGCUCAAAACAAGCCGCACAUUAUCGCUCACCACCAUCGGCUAAUUACUACGUUGAGCACCUCAUCUAGCAAUCAGUCACAGAAACACAUCUUUCUGCGAAAAACUAACACAACCACAGCUCAGAUUGUACCGCUCCAAACAACUCAAGGAUCCCAGCCUCAUGCGCAAGCGGGAAAGCACACCUUUGCGUAUCUCAGCAAUCUUAUUAAGCCCAAUAAAUCAAGGGAAACCGUUGUUAUUCCAGCAGGAGCGUUAUCCACGACACAAGUUGCAAAACCAAAGUUGUUAAUUGCUCCUGUGAUAUCCCAGUUAUCUCAACCAUCAUCGGGUAGUACAACGCCUGCUCAGAGUCAGCCGCCAAAACAUACAACUAAUUUGCUGCUCCCGGUCACAAUUCCUCAGCAUGGUGGACCUGCUAAACAAGGCAUGUUUAAUUUGAAAAUCAACAACGGUCAAAUCAGUACAGACAACAAAGGAACUAUCACAGUUCUACGAGAGUCAAAAGGUGGCAGUUCUGGAAUUCAGCCACCUCCACUUCACCCAUUGUCAAAAAUGAGCUUACUGAAUUCAGUCAAGGGCAAGGGAAACUCAUCUGAUGGUAUAAAAAUAACGGAGAACGCAGAUUCUGCGGUGAUAACGCCAAUUCCAAACAAAGACGACGAUGCGCCACCCGAAAAACGGAAGAAAACUAUAAGCAACAUACUGCGCGGUAGUGGGGAGAAACGAAGCAAAAAGCAAAACCAUUCAAAGUCGUCACAGGAUAACAUGUGUGACGUACUUUGCUCACCAAACAGUCCAGAUUUGGAUCAAGACAAAAGUAAAAAACGUCAGAAUGAUGACGACAUUACUCUAAUCAAGGUAGUACCCAGCGAAGAUAAGAGACUGAAGUCAGACGCGGCGUUGGACGACGAAAUCAAGAUAGAAAUAAUUAAGUCACAGCCGAGCAUCGAAAACGAUGCUGCAACGGAUUUUAAUGGUGAAUGUAAAUCUGGGGGCCAGGUUAGCGACUCGAAGGAGAUUACCAAUAAUUUUCACCAAAGUGAUCCAAAUUUCGACCCUGCUAAGGUACUAGAUUGGCAAGACGGUGUUGGGACAUUGCCUGGCAGCACUUUGAAGUUUCGUAUGAAUGAAUUCGGAAUUAUGGAAAUGGUUGAAGAGGAGGAUAACAAACAAGUAAAGGGAAAAAAUAGCGUUGAUAAAGAAAAUGUAUGUCUGUCGCAAAAUUCGUCUAAUGGUAGCCUUUCAGCGAUAAGUACCGAUAAAAAAAUAGAGGAAAAAAAAUCUAGACCUGUUGCCGCAGACACCAUUUAUUGCUGUGAAAGUUGUGGAUGCUACGGUUUGGCUGCAGAAUUCGAGAGCCCAAAUUCGUGUGGCCCCUCCUGUACAGAGAUAAUAGAAGCAAAAAAGGUCGCAUUAGUACGCAAGGAAAAAGAUCUUAAAGAAUUGCGUGCGAAACGAAAUCGCAAGAGAUUAUUGCAGGAGCAGCAUCACCGCCAUAAUAAUAAUCUUGAUCUGCAACAGCAAAAAGAACAGCAACCGUCACAAUCACAGUUACAGCUUCAGUUACAGAAAACAAAGCAACAGCGACCACAGCCUAUAGAGUCAGAUGAGCAGUGCAUAUCCAAGUCUGAAACAGACGAGGAUCCUAAAUAUGGAGCUCCUACUCCACCCGAAGAAAGCCAAGAAGAUAAUGAUUCCAAGUACCCCUGGCAAACUGGAAAGCUGGGGUUUUCAUGGGCAAAGUACUUGGAACACACCAAAGCCAAAGCUGCACCAGUAAAGUUAUUCAAAGAUGCUUUUCCAUAUAGUAAAAACCAUUUCAAAAUUGGAAUGAAACUAGAAGGAAUCGACCCUGAACAUCCAUCUCAUUAUUGCGUACUGACUGUUGUUGAAGUUGUAGGCUAUCGAAUACGCCUCCACUUCGAUGGAUACCCAGAGAAUUAUGAUUUUUGGGUAAAUGGUGAUAGUAUGGAUAUUUUUCCUGUUGGUUGGGCUGAAAAAAAUGGUCAUAAACUGGAUCCUCCCAAGGGAUAUGUUGCAAGUAACUUUAGCUGGACAGCUUAUUUGAAAACAUGCAAAGCCCCAGCAGCUCCAAAGACUAUAUUUUCAAACAAAAGCACACUUUUUCCAAACGGAUUUCGACAAGGUAUGAAGCUUGAAGCUGUGGACAGAAAGCAUUCCUCGCUAGUAUGUGUGGCCAGUAUUGCAGAGCUAAUGGAUUCGCGAAUAUUGGUUCACUUUGAUUCUUGGGAUGAAGUAUACGACUAUUGGGCAGACGCCAGUUCGCCCUACAUCCAUCCCGUCGGUUGGUGUCAUCACAACGGUCACAGUCUUACACCACCAAAUAGCUACAAGGAUCCAAAGGCAUUUACCUGGGAAGUUUACCUUCGAGAAACCAGAUCAGUUGCUGCACCAGCGAGAGCCUUCAAACAGCGUCCUCCCUGUGGAUUCAAACGUGGCAUGAAAUUGGAAGCUGUGGACAAACGAGUACCUCAAUUGAUCAGAGUCGCGACUGUCGAGGACGUCAAAGAUCACGUGUUGAAAAUUCGUUUUGACGGUUGGCCCGAACACCAUGCCUACUGGAUUGAUGACGAUUCACCCGACAUACACCCGAUGGGCUGGUGCCUCAAAACAGGACAUCCCUUGGAGCCACCUUUGACACCUGAGAAUCUUAAUGAUCGUCCUGAAUGUGGGACAUAUGGAUGCCGCGGUAUUGGUCAUGUGAAGGGACCUAAGUAUGCAACGCAUAAUUCUGCAUCCGGCUGUCCAUACUCACCACAAAAUUUGGUCAGGCUCAAACUAUUACCAGAUAGACUAAACGUGAAACAAGAUUCCUGUGACUUCGAAGAAGACAUACAUGAACGACCGAAGGGGGAGAAACUUGAAAGAAUACGAAUGGAACGUAGUGACAAGAAUGAAAAGUACUUGUACCAUGACGAUAAAGGGGAAAGAAUAUCGAGAGUCGAACAUUCGGAAAAUUUGUUCGAAUUUAAACAUGAGAAGAACGAGUAUACCGAGAGAUCUGGAAGAUUUCGACACCACCACAGCGAUGGGCAAACCGACGACGACGAGUCGAUGAAGAAACGAAAAAAGCGACGGCAAGUAUCGGAAGAAGUAUCAUCUCUCUCUCCUGCCGGAUAUUUCGGCGAUGCAUCAGCAAUUUCUAUACCGUACGCGGCAAAUAUUCCGGACAAACAGCUGCGCACGGAGAUUUAUCACUCCGUUUACAACCCAGGAUACAAUCCUCUUCCAGACGCUCCUCACAUAUGGGCUAAGCACAGUAAUGCUUUGAAUAGAGUUGUCGCCAAACAGAACACCGACCCACGGCGAUGGUCGAACGAGGAAGUGAUCAAAUUCAUACACAGCGUUCCUAACUGUCGAGAAAUUGGCAGUAUUUUUCGUAAAAACAGCAUCGACGGUGAGGCGUUCCUGAUGCUGACGCAAGAAGAUUUGGUCUCACUACUCGGUCUACGGCUUGGUCCGGCUAUAAAAUUAUAUAAUAGUAUUGUUUUGCUGCGUCGACGAGCGGCGUGAAGGUUCAGAAUUGUGAGCAUUAACUUUCUUCAUUUUAAUUUUUGCCUUCGAGAAUAUCGAACAAAACAAAUGUUUGAUAAUCCCUUUACAGAAGCGAUCUAUUUAUUGAAAGAUUUGAAUGAUGAAAUUGAUUUGAAAAAUCUACAUAAAAAUGAACACAGUACACACACAUCUUCGCGAUCAUUGUAUAAAAUCGAAAUACAUUUAUGCUACAUAUACCUAAUGUUCGCUAGCGAUAAAAUGUAGAGAUAGUGACUUAGAAUUAGCAAUGGCGUACCUAAAGAACUGCCGAAAUUUUAUUUGCAUUGAAUCACCUAUAAGUAUCUAAAAUUUACAAAUUCGUACGCGUAUGGCUUAUUUGUUCGUGAUAUAAUAUUUACUAUUAUAGAUUUGAUGAUUUAUUAUUAUAAUAUAUGUAUGUAUUACUCAGGAUCGAGAAUGGUUGGAAAAACCAAACCAAGAAUGAUUUUUAAUAAUCAUGUAAAAAUGUAAAUAAAUUAAAAUUUCCUUAUGCAAAA